UUAUUUUUUGAGAGAGAAAAAGGAGAGUAUUCUUUAUCAAUAAAAAAUUAACCUUGCCACGUUGAUGAACGGCUCACAAUUAACAACUUGCAUGUGCUUUAAUUAAUUCGAAUAUUUAAAUAAAAAAAAGAAAGAAGAAAUAAUGAAUAAAUCAUUGUUUUGAUUUUUCAUACAUAAAACAGUGUAAAUAAAAUACAACGCAAAAUGUCAAAUAAAAUGGUAUUUGUUACAGUUGGCACAACAAAAUUUGAUAAUUUGAUAACUACUGUAUUAAGUCGUGUAGUUUUAGAGGCCCUAUCAGCACGUAAUUACAGACAUCUGAUUUUGCAAAUUGGCAAUAGCAGUUUAGAACCAGAUUGCACUGCACGUCAUGGUUUCCAUAAAAUAGAAACAUUUAAAUUAAGUCCAUCCAUUGGAAAGUACAUGGAAUCGGCAGAUCUUGUGAUAAGUCAUGCAGGUGCGGGAAGUGUACUGGAAGCUUUGGAAAAACGCAAACCUUUAAUUGUAGUAAUUAAUGAUCUUCUCAUGGACAAUCAUCAAGUAGAAUUAGCCGAGCAACUAUACAAGGAUGAAUAUUUAUAUUACUGUACUUGUCAAAAAUUGCUGGACAUUGUACAAACAAUGGACUUGACAAAAUUGAAACCAUUUGUUAAUGAUAAAAGCACAGAUAUUGCUAAUUUUAUUAAUAAAAUAAUGGGAUUUAGGUGAUGAAAUAGUUUUAUCUUUCAUAGAGAAUAUAAGAAUAUUGAUUGUUUUAUAGUGAUAAAAGUAGCUGUGGGAACAAACAGCAAUAUUUAUAUAUAUAUUUCAAUUUUUAACAUGUUUUACAAUACAUGAUCCAUUAGGAUACAUGAUCCAUAGAGUUUAGAUUUAUUAAUGUGUAAUAUAUUAUGCUUGAUAUAAUUUACAAUAAAAAUACAUUAUAUACUUAAACAACCGUUCUUCAAAAACUAUACAUUACAUAUCAUAGAAAAAUUUAUAACUUUGCAUGUUAAAAAUUGUGACAGAUCAAUGGCAGUUUAACGUUCCCUCAGACAAUUUGUAAAUUAUUCUUAAUAGAUAUCUGUCACUAUUAACGCAACAGCUAAUUCUUUAAAAAUAUUAUAAAUUAUUAUGCUUGCAAAUAAACUCAGUUCUUUA